GCCGUUAGAUCAGCACAAGAGCCUUUCAACAUAUAUUUAGUACGGUAUGUCGAAUCCUGCCCGUGCACCUGCUGCUAAGCAACGGUUUCGAAGCUUUGUGAAGAAAGUAAAGAUGGGUAAGCGUAUGGAGAGAGCAUUAAAGGAGAAAGCAGCUUCAUCUACAUCACAAGAGAAUGCUGACGAUGAAUCUAAAACACCAGAGCCAUACAGCUGUACAGGGGUGUUUGAACAAGAUUUCACAGAACUGUGUAGACGAGCUGGACUAAUUCUGGGUGAAAUUCCCCCUGUUGUGAUCCGUCCCAAACGACCCCCUACUCCUCCUCCCGCAGACCCCAAAGCACAGACUGUGACAGAAGAUGGGGAGGAGGAACAAAAAGAACCAGAGGAACCACCACCAACAACUUAUACCAUCAAACCAAAAUUUGAAUAUUUUAAACCAACUGUACAGGUUGAGAUGGAACAUGAAGACAAACCUGCUACAGUUACAGAGAUUUUUAUUAGAGGUUGGAAAGUAGAUGAAAUUAUGAUGAGUGUUCUAAAACAGUGCUUACCAAAAAUAGAAAAGUUACAGUCACUAUAUUUGUGGAAUACUAGUCUUACAGGAAAGACACUAGCUGACUUGGCAUCAGUUUUACGGGAAUGUAGUAAUCUGAAAAAUUUAACCAUUGAUGGUAACCCAGUGGAAGAGGAAAAUUUUGCACUUCUGAUAGCAGAUGAUAGUCCAGUUGCAAAUAUUUGUUUGCGAAAUAACAAGAUAACAGACAAAGGUGCUGAGUUAAUUGGCAAAGCAUUAUCAACUCCUAGAACAUGCAAUAAAAACUUAGUUUCAUUGAAUCUAAGCUACAACAAAAUAACUGAUGUUGGAGCUGUAGCAAUAGCCAAUGGACUUCGUAUGAACAGAGUAUUGUUGUCACUGUCAUUGGCAAGUAAUCUGAUCGGUGAUGUGGGAGCCAAGACAUUAUCCGAAACUCUCUCCAGAUUUGCUCUUUCUCAUGAAGAAGUGGUUGAAAGAAGGAAAUUGAUCCGAGACAAAGGUUCCCCAGACAGAAUAUCAGGAAAGUCUCCUCCCCCAUCAAGACGAGCUGAUAAUAAAGAUAGACCAGGUAGUAAAGGCAGUGGUACUUUACUUGAUAAAUCUGACAAGAAAAGAGACAAGUCAUCUAAGAAAAAGGAUGCAACAAAAGGAAAAGAAGAAGACAAAACAAUUAAAGGAGGAACUAAAAAAGAAGACAAAUGGAAGAAAGAAACUCAGAGGCAUGGGUCAAAAGCAUCUGUUGUAGCUGAGGUUCAAGGAGGUAAAACAGCUAAAGGAAAGAAGACUGUAGGGGGCAAAGACAAGAAAGCUUUGCUUCCUGAGGCAGAGACUCCAGACGUUGUUGAAGCUAUAAAUCCACUUAUGGAACAAGUUGAAAAUAUGGAUGGUAAAUCGUGGAUACCUGGAAAUAGAGCUCUUAUUAAUAUUAAUUUAUCAAGAAAUAAAAUUACAGAAGAUGGUUUUGAGUCAUUAUUAUUAGCCAUACAAUAUCAGACAACAUUAGCAAUGAUGGAUCCUAAACCUGCACUUAAGGGACUUAUGAGGGUAUCAUUAAAUAAAAAUGCUGUUAAACCGACCAAUGAGACUGCGAUAAAACUACAAGAAAUUAUGGUGACCAAAGAUCCUUUUUAUAAACCCCCUUCACAAAGUCCAGACACAGAUGCACAAUCGCAUGUUGGGCAGUAACACUGCCACCAAGUGGUUGCCUGUUAGUACUUUCGUUUUUAUGUAAUGAAUUAUAUUGUAAAUAUAUUAUAAUGAAAACGAUAUACUUUUGUACAUUUUGGUUUGUAUAUAAAUAUCGCACAUACUGUAAUUAAUAAAUACCGAUGUUAUUUUAAGAGUGGUAUUAAACUACAUUUUAUGCAUA